ACAGCAACUAUGCAUUGUGUUGACUUUUUACAGACUGGAUUACUGAAUCACUUGCUGCUCUUCCUUGUUCUAUUCCUGUCUAUUAUAAGAGGUUUAGUCCUGGCCUUCUGUAAUACAAACAGCUUUUCCUCCACUGUAAGAGAUUUUCUGUGUCUGUAGACUUUUCCAGCCCAUUUGUGCUGUUGAUCUUUUUCAAUCCUUUUAAUCAGAUUACAAGUAAGAGAAACCAGCUUGUGUCUUGAACCCUGAGCAGGAUUCACAACUACAUCAGUGCUCUCUGGUGCUGCUUUUGCCUUGACGGAAAUGUGAGUGGCCAGAGCAAUGGUGCCAGGACUGAGGAGACAACGCUGUUAUCACACCAACCCCUUCAUUUUGCUUUAUGACUGAUGUCUGCCUGACUGUGUGAAGCUCCCUUCACCUCAGGCCUCAGGGACAUGAUGUCAGCACAACAGUUUCGGGCUCAGAUAUGCUGCUGCUGUGGACCAGCUCCUUGCUCCCUCUGCUGUGCCUUCUGUCCUCCAGUCAAAUCCUCCACCAGCACGCGAGUCAUGUACACCCUCUUUCACAUCAUGAGCUGCGCCGUCUCCUGCCUCAUGCUGUCGCGCACCGUCUCUGAGCUCGUCAGAGAAAAUGUGCCUUUCUUCAACAUGGUGUGUGACCAGGCACAUGGGGGAGGCCACUGUGAGAUGCUUGUGGGCUACUCUGCUGUUUACAGAGUCUGCUUUGGCACGUCCUGUUUCUACCUGAUGAUGGCGAUCUUCCUCAUAGACGUGAAGUCCAGUCAGGACUUUAGAGCACUCGUACACAACGGCUUCUGGUUCUUAAAGUUCAUCACUCUGCUUGGAAUGUGCACCGCUGCCUUCUUCAUUCCCACAGAGUCCUUUCUGCAUGCUUGGCAUUAUGUUGGUGUGGUGGGAGGAUUUGCCUUCAUCCUCAUCCAACUCAUCCUCAUCACAGCUUUUGCACACACCUGGAACAAGAACUGGUUAACUGGGGCGGCAGAAAACAAACGCUGGUACCUGGCUGUGAUGUGCGCCACCCUCUUCUUCUACACCAUUGCCACCAUGGCCUUCACCUUCAUGUACAAGUACUACACGCACCCCAUCACCUGCCAUUUCAACAAGGCUCUGCUGUGGAUUAACCUGGGACUCUGCGGCCUCAUGUCCUUCAUUGCUGUCACGCCGUGCGUGAAGCAGAAGCAACCACGGUCGGGUCUCCUUCAAGCCUCCAUCAUCAGCUGUUAUGUCAUGUACCUCACUUUCUCUGCCUUGUCCAGCCGCCCGCCAGAGAAAGUGGUGUACCAGCGCAUGAACAUGACCGUCUGUUACCCCAGUGUGGGACAAGAUGGCAUCCAGAAUGAAGGCAACGCUGUUGCUAUCAUUGGAGCUGCAAUCAUGUACUGCUGUGUCCUGUUUGCAUGUAAUGAAGCUUCCUACCUGGCAGAGGUCUUUGGUCCAUUUUGGAUGAUUAAGGUCUACCGUUAUGAGUUCCAGAAAGCAACCUGCUGCUUCUGCUGCCCCAAGGAAGAGGAAGUUGAAGAGGACUUUGUGAUUGAUGACGACAGCAAAGGUUGUCAGAAGGUCAUUCACAAUGAGACCCAGCGAGUGGCUUACAGCUACUUCUUCUUCCAUUUUGUUUUCUUCUUGGCCUCGCUGUAUGUGAUGAUGACCCUCACUAACUGGUUCAGCUAUGAGUCUGCCGUGUUGGAGACCACCUUCACCCAUGGCAGCUGGUCUACCUUCUGGGUGAAGAUGUCGUCCUGCUGGGCCUGUGUCAUCCUCUACCUCUGGCUGCUGCUGGGCCCUCUGUGCAGCUGUCAGUCUGAUUCCAGACCUCGCCGGUCACGCAUCAAGCGCCGCUCAGCAUCUUCACGCCAUGUCACUGUCAGUGUCUGACAUCCUCUGUGAAAGUUCCAGGCAUGCGGGGGGUGGACACAAGGGGUCAUAAGACUCAAAUCCUCCUCAUCACGCCCUGCAGGGGGCAGCUCUUAAGAAAUGGAGGGGGUCAAAGACUCACUGUGCUGUGAGAAGGACCGAUUUCCAAAAGCUUAGUGCCCUGUUGCUAUGUGAAGAACUGGGCAAAGCCCUGAUAUCACAGGCUCAACAACAUGAACUCAAAUCACUAAUGAGGACAUGUUUGUGGUUUGGGAACAACUUAACAGUAUUGCCAAAGGGAUGUGAAGGAGUGAAGUCUCACUCUAUAAUGUGCGAAUUACAGUAAGUCAGAGUAAAGACUGAUUCAUUUAUCAAAAUGUACAGUUUCAUUUUAGUAUUAAUUUAAAUUCUGAACAUAUUUAGACAUCUGAAGUUACAACAAAGGGCUGCAUUAUAGAUAUUUGUUGUAAUAUUGCUGCAUAAACUUAUGUCCGUUUUAUUUUUUCCCCUGAAAACCCAAUGAUCUUACACGGAGGCCGAUGAACACAGUUUUUGUCAGCAUGGUCAACUGCAAAGCUUACAAAUGGGAAACUAAUUUUGGGAAAUACAUCUGAAGAGGAAUUAUUUAAUUUUUUCCCCCAUAAAACCACAGCUUGAUGUUUUUUUUAGUAAAGGUUUGUGUGAUUCAAUGAAAACAGACUGGAAAUGUCACACAUGGAACUAAUUUAUUUGCAUAUUUUUCUUUCAAAUAUAAACUUGUCAACAAGGCAGCUUCAGGACUGGUUCCUAAUUAUAGGUCAGAGUUAAAGAGAGAUUUUCUUAUGUGCUGAAGUGAAAUGAAGUGCAGUCGAGGAUUAACAAAUCACUUCACAAAGCAGAUAUUUGAAUGCUCAGCGAUGGAGGGUCUGAAAGAGGCACUGUGUGGCAGCUAAACAGAAAGAUGCGGCAUUCGUCAGCAUCAGAGUUUUGUCUAAAUGUUGAUUCAUUCUGGCAAAAAAGAAAAAGAUUCUCUGAAUAUAUAUUGCUCGGCAUUUUUAGAGUACAGUGUGCGAGGAACAAGUUGCUUCAUGGCACAUCAUUUAAAUCUAAAUUCAAUAAUGUGAGUGAAAUGUGAUUGUUUACAUACUUUUUGUUACUCAAUUUAAAACCAGGAGUGCUCAAAAAUGUUUUGAAUUCCAGACGAAAUAGAAGGUUUCUGUCUCAUGCUUUCAGUUGAUGUAGUUGUGUCUUUGAGAUACUGAGGUGGACUGUGCUGUGGAUUUAAAAUACACCCUCAAACCGUCCCUAAAAAAGAUAAUGUUGACUUCAGUGGUUUGAGAAACUGAGGGCAAACUGAGCUGUGAUGACUUCCUCAGUUAAUGAGCAGCUGGUUCGAUCACAAAAUUAUAGAAGUAGGCAGGUUUAUCAUCUGUGGUUAGAGCAGUGUUUCCUUUGUUGUAGAUCUAAAGCCUUUUUGUAAAUACACUGGUUUCUUACAAA